GUGUCAAUGUUUAAGUCCACGUGCUUACUGUUUUCGCUACCGAAACAGCGGCACCCGUAACUCGUGCUUCAAAGCUUAUGUUAAUUGCUAAAGCUAAGCGCUAUUUUUUUUAUACACGUAUUCCACACCCAUGUCAACCACAGAUGAAGUUAACGCCACAAUCGAAACGGCGCAGUGUGCGAGGGACGAUAGCGAGGUGUGCGGUGAGGUGUUUGAGAACUCGCUAGCCACUUCUGAAACCAGUGUAAAUGACAAGACACACGUAACCACCACCUCGAGCGAAAAUGCAAACUCUGAAAAUGCCGUAUCCGAGGAAAUGGAUAAGGUCCACGACCCAUAUUUCUACACCAAGAGGGAUGAGUUCACCUCUGAAGUGCACAAGAUCGAAAUCGGAAAUCUCCCCAAGAUAUUCGGCCACGGACAAAUGAAGAAACUUCUUUCGAAGACCUUACACUUGAACCCCCACAAAAUCAAAGUCGUGAACAACGCGAGGUUCGCCUUCGUGUCGUUCAGGUCCGAAGAAGACCGGGAGAAUGCCCUGCAGAAGAUUCAAGGCUACAAAUUCAAAGGGUGCACAUUGACAGUGAAGAAAGCGAAUCCCAUGGCUGAUCCGCUCAUUCAGAAACGAAAACUUGGCGAAGCUGAAGACGUCGUACCUGUAAAGAGACAGUGUGAUGAAUCCAGCAUCUCUGAGAGAAUCAAAGAAUCUGUGGCCUCCUGGUCAGACCUGCCAUAUCAGCAGCAACUGGAGCAGAAGGAAGAGCAGAUGAGAAAAGUCGUGGUGAAGUAUGCCCGGAAACUCGAGCAAGUUAACCCAGGUCUCAAGUCGUGGAUCAACAAACAGAGGGAGGCGCACAAAUUGGGUGUGUGUCCUCUUGAGCCCAUCAAAGCAUCUCCAGUUGUGGACGGCUAUCGCAACAAGAAUGAAUUCACAGUUGGAAGACACCUGGAGACAGGAGAGGUCGUUGUCGGCUUCCGCAUCAGCAGCUAUCGACAGGGGUCGAUGAGUGUUGCUUCGGCGGCUGACCUACCAAACGUUCCCGAGUCUGCAAAGAAAGUUGCUCAGUGUUUUCAGGACUAUGUGCAGCAGUCUGGCAAGGAGCCAUUCAACCCGGAGACGCACGAAGGGUACUGGCGCCAACUAACUGUGCGCACCACCAGCAAAGACCACAUCAUGGCCAUUGCAGUCAUUCAUCCUCAAGCACUCAGUGAGGAGCACAUCUCGCAAGAGAAAGAAAAACUGCGCCAGUUCUUCACAGAGGGUCCUGGAAAGUCGGCUGGUGUCACGUCGUUCCACUUCCAGAGGUUUGACAAGAAACGUUCCGAUGAGGAGCAGCCAGAUUAUGAGCACGUCUUUGGAACAGAGGACAUCGAAGAGAAUCUCCUCGGUCUGACGUUCCAAGUGAGCCCCGACGCAUUUUUUCAAGUGAACACGCCAGCUGCAGAAGUAUUGUAUAGGACCGCAGAACACGUUGCAGGUCUCAGCACACAGACAACACUUCUCGACAUUUGCUGUGGCACCGGAACCAUAGGCCUGUCCCUGGCUUCGAAAGUCAAGCGAGUCUAUGGUGUGGAAGUGUGCAGAAGAGCAGUGCAGAACGCCAAGCGAAAUGCCGAACUAAACGGCAUCAAGAAUGCCAGUUUUGUGCAAGGGAAAGCUGAAGACGUCAUACAGGACGUGAUCCGCACAGUCGGGGACAGCGAGGAAAUUGUGGCCAUUGUAGACCCACCUAGGCAGGGCUUGCACAACAAAGUGCUGCGCACCCUUCGAUGGACAUCCUCCAUCAAGAAACUGGUGUACGUCUCGUGCAACCCGGAAGGAGCGCUGCAAAACUUUCUAGAUUUGGCAAGGGCUGCUUCAAACAACUACAGAGGAGACCCAUUUGUGCUGACCAAGGCUGUGCCCGUGGAUAUGUUUCCCCACACACCGCACUGCGAGCUUGUGCUCCUCAUGGAGCGUCUGAAGGCAUGAUUAAAGCUCUUGGACCCAA